CUGCAUCUCAGGAGCUGAAUGAGGAACGUUUUUUCCAGCUGAUUCCACCUCGGGCUGAGACCUGCCACGUGACUCAGUAUGUGCCGAUGGAAUAUGAGCAGAAGAGAAGUGGGCAAUUUUCACCUCACUGGCUUAAAAGACGCUUGCCCGAGUUUACUCAUCCUCCUUUCCUUUCUGCUGACUAUACAGGAUGACACCGUGAGGAAAUUUGGGAGCCAGAUAUGGAAUAGGCUGAAGCAAGCCCCACGUUCCUAAGAUGAUCUCCUAGAAGAGAACCAAUUCCCCACCUAGGACUGAAAGAGAAAUAAGCCUCAGCUUAUUUUUGUUUCUGGAUCCUUUGAUAAAGCAUGUUAGCCCUUAUUCUAAUGUGCUAAUUAUUACCAACUCAACAGUCAAGUCUAUGCCUCUCAAUAGUCCUCACCAGAGUUCCUGCAGCGUUCUUGUACAUUACUUUCUCAUUCUUGUUCACAGAGGCCCAGGACCUUGGCUCUGACAACUUGUUUAGGCUAUAGGAGAGGAUCACAACUUUCCCAUCAGCUGAAGUAAAUGGAAUUGAAGCCAAAAUUAUAUAUCUACAGCAUCUUAGGGAGAAACUGAAAUAAAAAUCAGGCAGUCUUUCUAACUGAUUGUUCCAACCAAACAGGCCAGACACUGGAGGAAUCUAAGAAUAAGAAUGGAGGACAGAAACUGGAGAAACCAAACGGCAGUAGGGGACUUCAAAGCAGAGGGUGAAAGACAAAGCCUGGAGAGACUCCUUCAGCUGGGAAGGAGAACCCUGGCAUUUCAGGGAGGAAUGUGGCCUUGGGUCAGAGUAGGGAGGGGCAGUGCAUAGACUCUAACCUAGACAUCUCUUAUUUCUCCACUUUCCAGGGCAUCCUUUGGUUUAACAAGCAGAUCUUCCCAAGUAGAGACAAAUAGCUUCAAAUUAAUCUUAUUAAAUCUGAUUUCAUCAUGCCAGUUAUGCACUGCAAGAUUAAAACACUAUAAGCUACAAUACUUUGUAAAAUACGGUACUAGCUAGAACUGAAACAAUGAAGGAAAGAGAAAACCCAGAAACAUGCCCAAGAAAAUUUAAAACCUUCAUUUUUAAUAAAGCACCAAACACCAAUGAUCUAAGUGUUGAUUUUUCAUAAAAGUUUUAGGAAACUAAAUUAAAUAAUGUUUAACACAACCUUAAGUUAAGGUUUGUUCCCUUCCAUUAUAUACCGAACUAAAUUACUCACUAAUUAAAUAAUCUGAUUCAUCUACUCAUUUAUUAAUUCAACGAGUAUCUAUUGAUUAGCUACUGUGUGCUACACUCUGGGAUUAUAAUGAUACACAAGACCUACUCUCUCCACUAAUAGACCUCAGAGUCUACAUGGGAAGAAAAGACAAGUAAAGAGAAAAUAGAAGGGCAACAAAUUGAGGUUAGGCAAAGGCUUCCAAGGUGAGAACUCAACGAGGAGGAGUCGACAUUAUCCUGGGAAACAAGAGGGACAGGCAGAGGUGAAGGAAAGCUUUCCAGCAAGGAGAACAAGAAACACCAAUAUCCAGGGAGAAAAAGAAUGUUAAGAAAAAACAAAAUGUUAAUUUUUAAAUACUUCCUUAAUCUCAUUAAUGGAGCCUUCUUGGUUCUUGGACUUUUACUCAUGGGAUUUGGUGCAUGGCUCUUAUUAGAUAGAAAUAUUUUUUUCACAGCUUUGGAUGAAAAUAAUCACUUGAUAGUAGAUAUUUUUCAAAUUUUGAUUGGAACUGGAUCUGCUAUUGUUCUUCUUUGUCUCUUGGGUUAUUUGGGAAUUCACAGUGAAAUCAGAUGGCUCCUACUUCUGUACACAGCACUGUUAAUGUGGGCCUUUGGUGUUCAGGUUGUAUUUUCAAUAUUCAUCUUCAUAAGAAAAAAGGAGGUUUACCAAGUAUGGCAUGAUAAAAUUGACUUAAUCAUCACUGAGUAUGGAUCUAAAGACAUGCCUGAAGAUAUACCCAAAUGGAUUGUUCUGAAUGCUUUACAGAAAACAUUGCAGUGUUGUGGCCAAUACAAUUACACAGAUUGGAUAAAGAAUACAAAUAAAGAAAAUUCAGAACAGGUGCCAUGUUCUUGUACAAAUUCUACAUUAAGGAAGUGGUUUUGUGAUGAGCCCCUGAAUGCAACUUACCUGGAGACCUGUGAAAAUAAAAUCAACACAUGGUAUAGUACUAAUGCUUUAACAUUAAUUGGAAUUAACUUUGGACUUUUAACUUCAGAGGUUUUGCAAAUCUUCUUAACUGUUUCUUUCUUCAGACAUGUCAAUAACAGAAUAUAUGCAGGGGUGUGAUCUUUGGAUUUUAAUUUGCCCAGAAGAAACCGGCUAAUUCUCAAAAUAAUCACAUCAUGUUCUUUUACUCCCCCCCACCAAAAAAAGCUUUGAAUUACAUUAGUUAAAUUUAGGACUUAUUCAAGUCAUUGGUUAUAUGUAUCAUAGAAUUAUUGAGUAUUAUAAUAAAUCACUCCAUGAAAUUCUUAUUAAUUUUGUUUUUCAAAAUAUCAAAUUCUGCAGUUCAGAACUUUACCUUGAGUUAUUUUCUGAAUUCAGAGGAUAUCAUCAUAUAUACUGAAUUCAAAAUGUGAUGAAGUAUCGCCAUGUUUUGAGUUUCUUUUGUAGAAAAAAUACCUACAUGAUGUUCAGAAAACACUAAUUAAGUAGGCAAUUAUAAGAUGUACCUUACAUUUGCAAAUUUUAAGAAAACAACACUGAUUUGUGGGAGAUUUAAAAGAAAGAUUGAAAAUCAUGACACUGACCUCUGUACUGAAUUAAUCAUUUAUUUCUGUCUUCUGAUUAAUGCUUAAAAGUGGAUAAUAAACUUAAAAUUUUAGAGAUUUGGGUAUCCUUCAGUGGCAGUAAUAAAAUAUUAAAAUCACAAUGAAUUUUGAACUGUAAUGAAAAUGUCUUAAAUGAUCACUGAAUUCCCAUACUCAAUUUGCUUCUCAUUUUCUUCUCUCUUUUUCCUUAAAUUUUGUUCAGUGCAUACAUAUACAAUUCUCUGAAGGAGAUAAAAUAACCUACCUGUUCUAUUUUCCUAAAAAAUGAUUUUCUGAGAACAGAAAAAAAAAUCCUUUGACAAAUAAAAAGUGCUAUAUAAAUGUGAGGCAAUCAUAUCAUUGUUCCUUAUAGCAAAAAGACUGCCUUGACCUUGAGGAAAGGAAGAAAGGAUAAAUUAACUGAAGAUCCUGUAUUGCUCUCACUGCUAUAGAAGGCUCACUGUAAUUUACUAAUUCAAUCAUAUAUCUUUUCAUCCAUCUGUUCAGUACACUGCAGAUUUCAGAGACCUAUGAACUUUUUAAAAGUUGGUGCAAAAGAAAAUAGAAUAACCAUUUUCUCUAAAGCAGCCUGUAAAUACACAUACCUUCAUUUCUUUAAGAACGAUUAUUUGGGGAAUAUUUUAUACUUCAUUUUUUAAAUUUUUUAAUUUUUUUCAUUUUAAUUCCAAUAUAAUUAACAUACAUUGUUAUAUUAGUUUCAGGUGUACAAUAUAGUGAUUCAAUACUUCUGUACAUUACUCAGUGCUCGCCAGGAUAAGCAUAGUCACUAUCUGUCACUGAGCCCUCUUUGCAACUCCAAAGCCUCACUCAGCACUUGACUAGGUGGCCACCAAAUGCCAAUGAAAUUUAAAAAGUCAGAUUAUUCAGUAUGCUAUCAGAUAAAACUCAUUUGCCCUCUUAGAUUGUCUCACUCUGACUGUAUUCAAUGGUUUUGAUUUCAUUUGGCCAUCAUAAGUAUAAUCUGUCCAAACUUGUUUGGUAAACAGUAGCUGCUAGUUCAGUUAGUCACUGCCACCCACAUCUCAUUUCUCCAGGAACCUUCAUAAGAGAUGUUGGCAGAGCAAAAACUUCUCUAAAGGAUUUCAUUGAAACACAUUUAAUAGAAUAUUGCAACAGAAAUACUGUCAGGCAGCCCUAAGUGUUUGUUUAACGUUUCCAACAUCUGUGUAAUAUUUUUAUACCUUUGUUUCCUUUUUCUGAUCUUAGAGGAGUAGUUCUUCAGCAUAUGAGUCCCUGGCAAAAGGAAAACACAAAAAUCUAAUCUUUUCUUGGUCAUGAUAUAAGGCUGAAAAAAAAUAAAAAUAAAAAUAAAUUUUUAAAAACUUAUUUUACACCACCUGUUAUUUAUCAUUGUUUAGCCUCUGUUAAUUAUUUAUCUUCUGUAUCCCUUUUUAUUUUUGAAGUCACCCAUUAGAUGAAAGAGAAUAAUGGCAUAAUUCCAGUAAAGCUAUAAAUAUUUAUUGAGUAAUAAUGAAUUUUAACCCUAUACAAACGAUAAAACCUGGGAGAGCAGAAGCUAUUCCUUGACAAAUUAAAAUAUAGAGAUUAAGCAUUUGCUAGUAUUCAGCAUAUUUGGAACAGUAAAAGGAAGUAUUUUUGUAUGAGAGCCUUGUAAUAUGACAACAAAAUGUAUAAUCAUUUUUUUAAAUAUUAAAACUUAUUACCCAUUGUAUUCAAGUACAGUAGACAUUCUCCUGAAUGUCUGAAAAGACUUAUGGAAUGAAAUAUACAGAAUUGCUGAAUUCCGUUCGUUAACAGUUGUAACCGUUCAUUA